CUCCCCCAUGGACGGGUCCAAGGCCCCGAGCGAGGGGGCCGCGGCGGAGGACGGGUCCCAGGGCGCUCGCGGGGACAAGAGCAAGUUGCCCGCUGCCCAAGACGGCGGCUCCAGUUCCGGCGCCGGGUCCUCGAGGGUGCCCGCCGCCUACGGCGCCUACGACAAGUCGCCGGGGGCCAAGCCCAGGGUCACCUUCCACGAUCCCACCAUCCCGCGCCCGCAGGAUCAGUACAAGAUCAUGGUCAACAACCACAGCGUGCCCUUCGAUCAUGUAUGGCUAGACCAGAGCGAGGACGGCAGGCCUAUCCACCCCUUGGUGAGUUCACUUUAUUAGACGGAUUUGGGCAGUACACUUGUGUAUUUCGGAGAAUUCUUAAACUUUGAUUUCAGGGAAGAUCUAUUUGUACAUAUGUGAGCUCCAUUUUUAUGGAAAAAAUAGUUUGGAAGUUCACCUCAACUUCUUUCGGAAGCUCACUUGGUUCGCAAU